AUGAGUGAACAGCAACCGAAGGAAUCUAACGAUAGUGUUGAUAAAGACGAAAAUGUGAAUGAACCUGCUGUGACAGUGAACGAGGAAACCAGUGCGAAAAGGCCAACGCGAAAGGCAGCAAUAGAAGGACAAAACUUGCGACGCCUUCGAGAACAAUAUAAUUAAUUAAGCACUUCCAAACAUUCACCAGAUAGUUACUUUUUGGUGGGGGAGAGUGUGGAAACUUCAUUUAGUAUAUUUAUUAGUUUCGUUUUGCCAUUGGUCAGUUUGAUCACAUGAUCAUAUUACGUGGUCAGACCACAUGGACAAUUUAUUCAUUAUUGAUUAAGGGUUUGAUCAGCACGGUGUUUAUGUAAAUUAUGCCAAUAAAAUCUAUAUAAAAAGUUGGACUAGUCUUGCUUUUUAAACUAUUGCUCGACAUUGUCCACGACAACUUUCUGAGUCAAAUGAUUUUCGAAAUAUUCUCGAUCUCGUGCUCACUACAUCCACAGAUUACGUGCAAGACGCGUGCGUUGGCGAUCCUUUCUCCGAUCAUAAUUUAAUCACAUUUAAAAUAGAUAAAAUGCCAUACAAAACAAAACCUUGUAGCAAUAGUCACUAUUGCUACUGUAAAGCAGACUGGGCAAAAUUGCAAAAUCUCCUACACCUUGCUCCGUGGCACCUCUCUACGACCGAACAUGACAUGGAUAGCAAGUGGCAAGUCUGGAAAGAUCUAUUAGCAUCAGCCGUUGACGAUAGUAUCCCCAAGGUGGGUGCUGCUAAGAAAAGGCAAAAUGCCCCAUGGAUAACGCGGGAAUUGAUCUUGCUAUGUCGGAAGAAAAGGUCAGUUGAUAAGAAAGCAAAGAGAACCGGUAAGACGCGAGAUCAAAACAAUCUAUAG